AUGUGGUACCUACCUGUAGUGCAUAGGCUCAAACGCUUGUUUGCUAAUACUAAAGAUGUAGAGAAUUUGACAUGGCAUGCAGACGUGCGAAAUAAAGAUGGAAUGCUUCGGCAUGCUGCUGAUUCCCCUCAAUGGAAACAUAUUGAUACUACUUUUCCGAAUUUUAGUCGUGAAACAAGGAAUUUAAGGCUAGGCUUGUGUACAGAUGGAAUCAACCCAUUUGAUGUGUACUUGGCACCACUGAUUGAGGAUUUGAAGAAGUUGUGGGAUGAAGGUGAGCCUGUGUAUGAUGAAUAUCGUAAGAAAAAAUUUACUUUGCGUGCUAUGAUCUUCUGCACAAUUAAUGACUUUCCUGCGUACGGGAAUUUAUCUAGCCAUGUUGUCAAGGGAUACAAAGCUUGUCCUAUUUGUGAAGAUGAUACCAAAGCUCUUCAAUUAAAGACCAGCAAGAAGGACAUCAAUUGUGUUUUCGGCAAUCCCUACAAGUCUCUUGGUGACAAGCUAUGUUAUAAAAAGAGGUCUGCAUUUUGGAUCUUGCCAUAUUGGGAACAUCUUAGUGUAAGGCAUUGUAUUAAUGUGAUGCAUGUUGAGAAAAAUGUAUUUGAUAGUUUGAUCGGAACGCUUUUGAACAUGCCAGGGAAGACUAAAGAUGGAAAGAAGGCUAGAAAUGACAUGGAGAAAAAAGUAUUAUGCGAGUCCUUACAUAAUGUGAAAGUUCCAUCUGGAUAUUCGUCGAACAUUCGAAACCUUGUGUCAUUGAAAGAUUUGAAAUUAGUUGGAUUGAAUUCUCAUGAUUGUCAUACUUUAGUGCAAGAGAUAUUGCCGAUUGCAAUUAAGUUGAAACAAGUACGGCAAGUUAUAAUUAGACUUUGUUUAUUUUUCAAAGCUAUAUGUUCGCGAGUAGUUGAUCCUGGUAAAUUAGACUCUUUGCAAUCACAACUCAUUGUCACAUUGUGUCAAUUUGAGAUGUAUUUUCCACCCUCCUUUUUCGACAUCAUGGUGCAUCUUGUUGUUCAUUUGGUGAGAGAGAUCAAACUUUGUGGGCCGGUGUAUUUAAGGUACAUGUAUCCAUUUGAGCGCAAUAUGGGUGAUUUGAAAGGUUAUGUGAGGAAUCGAUCUCGUCUAGGCAGCAUAGUUGAGGGAUAUCUAACUGAUGAGGUCCUUAGAUAUUUCAUCGAGCAUUUGGAAGAUUUAGAAACACUUGGACUUCCAAAGCCUCGUCACAACGAGGAGAGAUUACAAGGUUUUGGUACAGUUGGUCGUAAAGUGCUAAACUUAAGUCGUGAAUAA